CUGUAGUUUGUCAGAAAGGUAUUUAGUCACAUUUGGUUUGGAAUUACAGCAAGUUCUUCGGCAAUUGUUACGUACUUCGCAAGCGCCCCUGCCGACCUGAGCAGUGAUGGUGCCUUGCUUUCUGUGUGUGCCGAGUAAUACUGGUAGGGUCCAGGGCCAAGCUGAUACGCAUGUGCCAUUCCUUAAAGCUUGCAACGAGCGGGUAUCACGCUGUGCCUAGUCCCCCCUCCGCUCCUCGCCAAACUGAUAAGUAAAGCUCACCGUGCUGAAGAACCAUCCAUCGUCUUGGACACCUAGGCAGUACGUGUGAUGGCUAGUAAUUUUGAUCCAACCUUGACUUGUUAACCCAAGCAAGAUGAAGCUUUUGAACGUUCAAGUCGUGCUUGACGCAGACAGAGGCAUUCGACGAGCCGAAUACGAAACCGAGGUCUUCACGGAACUUGAUGACAAGACGACAAGCUAUGCCAUAGUGUCACAUCGCUGGGGAACCGAGGUUAGUUAUAAAGAAAUGGUCAGGCUCAUGAAGAGGGCAAAAAAGGAGAAGGAACGAGUCAGGCAACGUGACGGCUACAAGAAGAUCGUCAAGAGUUGCAAACAGGCCAUGAAAGACGGUUACAAGUGGUUGUGGAUCGAUACGUGUUGCAUUGACAAGCGGAGCAGUGCAGAACUCUCGGAGGCGAUUAAUUCAAUGUAUCGAUGGUACCGCAACUCACAGAAGUGCUACGUGUACCUCAACGAUGUCGACGAGCCAGCCUUUCCUACUGAACAAGACUUCAGUAGGUUUGGGAGGUCCAACGGUUGGCCAGAGUGGUUUUCGCGAGGCUGGACCCUUCAGGAACUCAUCGCUCCGACGCAACUUGAAUUCUUCAACACAAACUGGGUAUCCAUUGGCACUAAAGAAGACCUGACAUCCACCUUGGAGGAGAUUACGCGCAUUCCAAAGAACGUUUUAAGGGACAAAGAGGCUUUCAUGAGGACCGAGUUCUGGGAACGUCCACCUGUCGCUCACAUCAUGUCUUGGGCUGCUGGACGGAAGACGACGCGUGUGGAAGAUCGAGCGUACUCACUUUUGGGCCUUUUUGGCGUGAACAUGCCAAUGUUAUAUGGGGAAGGCUCGAAAGCGUUUCAGCGGUUACAACUAGAAAUCAUCCGGGUAUCUGGGGAUCACAGUAUAUUUGCCUGGAAUCCAAAGGGACAAUUUGGGGCGCAUCAAGGUGUCCUAGCAGAUGACCCGAGCUACUUUCGGGGCUGUCACGACAUCACAAGAGUGGAUGCCAACUUCUUCGGAGAAGUAGAGACCUACAUGCGCCACAACGGCCCAGUCAGCGUGGAUGAAGAUAAACUUGGAUCGUUGGAGCGCGGUGCAUACUCCCGUCAAUUCUCUGUAUUUAAUGUCACCAACGUGGGCAUCCAAGUCUGGUUGCCCAUCUUACCCUGUGGCGGUAUCUCUGGUUACUUCACGGUCAUAUUGCCAUGUCUUGACCGUUAUGGAAACCUGAUUACCAUCAACCUGGAAUCUCGCGGACUCGGACUUAGCUCUGGCAAGUGUUUGGGUCUUGCAAAUAUUCGCGACGUAUGCCCAGAGUUCAGGUCGCUUUAUCUCGCUUACGCUCAAGACGCCGAGCAGAAGUGCCAUAAGAUUAGCCUUGAUGACAGGCGCACUUCGUGGCAUGGCUUCACCCGUUGUGGCACCUUCCCAUGGGAGGUCACCGGCGAUACUGUCACACUCUCAUCCAGGGGAAACACUUUCAUUGUCUUAGUCUAUGCCAACAAUGACGUCAGAUGUCGCUUCGCAGUUGGACUGGGAUACUACCUUGGUAGACCAUGGGCAAGCAUUGUCUGUGAUGAAUACCCUGCAAAUCAGGAGCUCUGGUCAUCCUCAUGGGCAUAUUUCGCCAAACAGGCGUAUGAUAUCCUGUGGGAUACACCUAUCGAGAAGUCCUAUUUGCGUAGCACUAUGAAAGGCGUUCAUCUUCCUCGAUCCAUCUGGGAUGCAAGAAUUAUUGUUUCGAGCGCCACCGACGUGAUGAUUGACAUCGAGCAAUGCCCUGGUUGUUGCACUGGACCGCGUGAAUGUACACCUAUGGCUGAUCACCCAUGGGUGCCGUGGACAUCAGAAAGUUAUGGUUCGCAUGAGUUGGAAUUGGGCGGGUAUUCUGCACGGCUUCACGAAUGCAUUGGUCAAGAGAUUGUUGUGAGUCGUAAUGUUCAUACAUCUUUGGACCAGUGGCAAACCUGACACAGCUCGGCGACUAUGGUGAGUACUCUUCCGACGAAAAUUUCAAACGUCGCGGCAACAUAUUCGAAGACAUGCGGGAAUUUGGUAUCGAUCCCACGGAUUCAGUUUAUCGCUCAGUCGUCUCUGAUGUAUCCAGCUCUAAACGUGUGCUGCGUCGCUCGCAGAUUCAG